GACUGAUGCAAUAUCUCAACAGUGACCUAUCUUGGCAUAUUUAUGAAUAUAGGUCAAGCCAGAGCACUCAAUGUUAACUCUGAAAUAUAUUCGAAAAGCAUGAAUAUUCUCGAAAACAAUGCUAUAGGGUUCAUAUAGAUAUGUAAUUAAGGAAAAUAUUAAUACUGGAGAAAUGGAAACAAGAUCUUCAGGCAAAAAGGCAGAAAAAGUAGGAACUACAUCUUAUAUGGCGCCAUUUUCAAUUGUUGAAAGGUCAAUUCUAAAAAUAGAUUCUUCCGACAUGACUUCAAUUUUUACAGAUAAUGAAACAUGUUUACAACAAUCAAGCAAGAAGGACGUAAAAUAGAUAUACCAACUAAGUUUUAAGAUGUCUAAACUAGCAGUAUCGAGUGUAAUAAGUGUUUUAGAAGAUACAGAAAAUGUUUUGAGUGACAAGAGAGGACUUAAUGCCAGAAAAAUGUUCAUUUCUGAUAAAAACACGCGGCGAGGAUUUCAGACAGCUGGUGGUUUUCACGUUAAUAAAAAUAUGGAGAAUGUGAUUUUUGACUUACAUGUAUUUCAAUCUUAUCCUCAUUACUGGGAUAAUUUUAUGGCUAUGUAAAUUGAACUUAUCCACAAAAUUUUAUGAACUGUGAAAGUGACACUAUUGUAAUUAAAUUAGUUCAAAAUGUGGACAAAUUUUGAACCAAUUAAACUUUUGUCAAAUACUUUUAGUGCUUUGAGUAAACCAAAGCUAUUAAGACUAGAUAGUACUGGAGAAGUUUCAUCCGAAAAUUCCAGUCCAAAUUGUGAAUUUACACCUCCGCCAAUAAAUAUAUUAACGAAAAAAGACAACAUGAAAAGUCAAAGAAACUUCGGAAACCGAAGAGUGCCCAUUAUGGAACCAUAUUAUUAUUGUAAUGGUAGGGGUGGCGGUAUUCAUACAAAGCCAUUAAAUGGCUUCGGAGUCGGUGGUUGUCAAGAGCUGAUGCAGAAAUCACCAUUCAGAUCUUUAAAUAAAAAGACAAUGAAUAUUACCGGUACCUCAGAUUUUGAUCAGGGGUCAACACGAGGACAAUGCAAUUAUUCAUCAUCGUUUAUAAACCAUUGGAGUUUUAGUCAAGGUUUGCUUGGUAAACAAGCUUACGUACGUCACACGUCGUCCCCUGGAGUCUUUAAAUCUCCAAUCCAUCCAGAUUCACCAUGGCUUAAAGUCAAUUCCGGAUAUUUUCACCAAAAUAACUUCAACAAUGGUGCAGCAACAGCAGAAAGAAAUGCCUAUAGAAAAUUUGAUAAGAAAAAAAGCAAACACAAACAUUAUUCAAAUAAAAACACUGAAUGUUCGGGUGCAAGGAAAGAUAAUAAAUCAAAUUCUGUGAUUCAAAGUGCUGGAUGUGAUCCUACGGUAAUGGAGAAAGAACUAAGCGCAAAACCGAUAGCUGUCAGUGACAGUGUCGUUAAAGAUAUUGACAGUGUCAUUAAAGAUAGCAUUAUUAAUGACAAAAGUGAACCACAGACAGUUUCUAACACGAAAUGCGAACAGGAAGUGAAUUCGAAUAUAAAAAUGAAAUGUGAAGUUUGUGAACAGAAAGUGAAUUUCAAUGAGCCUAAACAAGAAAUCAAUUGUAACAUUGAAUGUGUAACCCCACACCCAGGUUGUGAGCUAUCUAAUUCUCUGGGAAAAGCUUUACCUUUCAUUGAAAAACUAGGAAAGACUAAUAGUACUCAUUCUGCCGAAAAAUCGAAUCCUGCUCAUGAGGUAUCUAAGUCAUGUGUUGGAGAUAAUAAUCGUCAUCCCUCCCCUUCACCCACUAAAAUCCAUCUGAACAUAAUCGGAAAGAAAAAACACAAAAAUGAACUGGGAAUUGUACAAAAUAAAGACUGUCGUGGGAUUCAGUCUGAAGAAAUCAAACCUACUUCUGUUCUGCAAGAAGAUAAAGAUUCACAAAAAUUGUGCAAUAUCUGUACAGCUUACAUAACACGGGUAACACCUGAAUGUAAGGAAUUUCCGCAAAGUGCCGGUUGCAAGCAUUCCAUAAUUCUCUUAGUUCGAGAUAACUCAAAGAAAACCAAAAAACGUCGCGUAAAAGAAAAACAAUCUGAAAGCUUUCAUUCUUCUCCAAGCCCUAAAUCAUUUUAUGUUGGAGUGAAGACCGCUCAAAGUCCCAUAAAAUCUCACAUCUUUCAGUUUGUGGCUAGCGACAAUGACACAGAAACUGAUGAUUCAUGGGAUAGUAUUGACGAUGAUGAUGAUGAUAAUGAUUGGUCAAAUAUGGAUGAAAUGUUUCCCCAGAACUUAAUGAAUCCCAUGAACUUUAAAGAUCAUAUAUCAACCAUACCAAAACAAAGUACCGGUACAUGUGCUAGUGCAACCAACAAUAAUAUAGAAUCACUCAACAUUUCUUGGAACAUUCAUUCUACAGAUAAUAAAACUGAUACAGAACAAUCAAAUUGCUCAGAAAAUAAAACUAAAAAGGUACAUUUUGCAGAUGAAGAUAAAUUAGUCGUCGUACAUCGAAUGUAUGCUUGGUCCUUUGCCUACAGAGCAUGUCGUAGAGGCCCAUGGGAGCAAUACGCUAGGGACCGGGAAAGAUUUCAUCGGAGGAUUCAAGACAUUGAAAAAAUCAUCUCCCCCAUCCUAAAAAUGAGUCACCGAUCUCAAAUUUAUAAAUCUUUACAUUCAGAUAAACAGUAAACUGUAUCAUCAAAGGGAUGGCAAAACCUCCUAGUCAUUGUGGUUAUAGGCCGUGGGAGAUCUUGGCAUCUUGUUGUAACACUCUCACAUUGCAAAAUUGUGAAUGAUGUAAGUAAAAACUUAGGAGGCCAAAAUAUUUUUGGGUUUAAGUAAAUACUUCAAUAUUAAUCUGUUUAUUUGGGUAAAUUGCAACAUUUGAAGUUUGGGUCCUGAGAGAUUUUGCCACCCCAGAGAUGAAAUUUAACCAACUAUAUGUUGAAGUAUUUAAUUUACUGAAAAUGUAGAAAACACUGAAGAAUUAAGGAAUUUUAUAAAUCGGACCAAUUGAUAGUAGUUCAUAGCUCAAUACACAAGAAGGACCGAACUACAUACAAAACAAACCAGCAGACUGCAAACAAAACAAACUAUAUAGACAUUGCAAGAAUUAAACAACAAAUGUGCAAUAAAAUCUUUGAAUAGGAUUUAUAAAGUCCAGUCUAGACCUACAGUUGUUAACCUCUAAUGGCCUUACCUCAUUAUUUCAUCAGCCAUUGUAUAUAACCUAAACAAAAACAUACAAGAGACUAAAUAUGUUUAUAUUUAAUGAUUAUGUCACCUGUCUAAACAUUAUUAUUGUUCUGUUAUUGUUGUGAUGAAGUCGUGGAGUUCGUUAUUUUUAAUUUCUCCAUUUUAAUUACAUAUUGUGGGGUAAUUGUUAAAUAUUUGAUGGUGAUUAAUAAGUUCUGUGAUAAAUAUGUA